GUUGGCUACACUUCGGCUGUCAAGCACAACACUUCCGGGGAAAAAGUCGUGCAAAGUGGUGGAGGAAGCCGCAGCAAUUUUCGCGUGCAUCAAAACGCUGAAGGUAAGCGAGAUCCCGUGCAAAAUAUUCGUUUUCAUCAACCCAACCAUUGUUCCCGCAAAACAGAUUUCGCUCCACCACUGAGCGACGAGAAUCCGGUGCUGCUAGCACUCGAAAGUGCGGAGAAAAGGGGCCGAAUUAAACGGCUUGGAGGAAACUCGUGGACACGUGAUUCCUGGCGGUGUUAAAGAAGCCGGCAAUUAUACGCCCACUGCCGGAAAACACACCCAGAAAGCGGGUAAUCAGAGGCCAGUUUGCCAAAGCACCAGCAAAGCCAGAGGAAAGGGGUCAAACGUGAGUAGCAAAUUAGGAUUCUAAUAAGAUAACUUCCUGAUUGGAAAAUUUCAUCCUCUUCAGGACCCUUUUUUUUUAUACGGGUGGCUUACCUCUACGGAAGGCUCAUUUAUUUUGCCGGGACGAUUAAGCUGUUUCAUUGUGGUGUCUUUGGCCGAAGGUGCCGCGCGAUUGUGAAAAUUAGUCGAAGCCACUGGUUCCUCGGUACGCUUCCGAAUUUGAUGCACGUGUCAGCUCUUUGCUUUCUUCUUUGCACAUCGGCGGUAGGAGAGCGCUAUCAAGAAACGAGAAAUUUCACUGCCUUCUCGACGGUCAGCGGAAAAAGUUUCAUUUCGGAAGUGCGCCAGUGUGGCCAUCUCGGCUCGGCAUUCCUUUGGGUGUUGAUGACCAGUCGACAGCGGGGAAUUAUUGCGGUUCAGCCACGAUUUAAGAAGAAUUUGGACUUCGAUCACGAUUGUCGGAGUGAGCCGACACGACAUUGUCGGAGUUGUUCGAGCGAACGGAGACAGCGAAGAUUCUCUAGCGAAGACAGUGGAGGAUUGCGGAUGCUGCUUUGGGCCUCCGGAGUGCACCCACAGGGGGUUGUGCCAAGCCUAAAAGUAACAGCAGCUGGAAAGGAGAGUGAGUGCGCGAUUGUUGUCGUUCUUAAGGAAACGGUGCGGCAUUUAAGCCGACAGGUUGCAGAAAGCGCAGUGUUGUUGGGUGGAUCCCACUGUGCGCGUCAAGCACCCUCAGGGUGUGCUGUUGAAUUUUCGGAACCAUCGUGGGAGCAGGAUUCCGGAAUCGAGAGCAUGAAACGAUCGUCGCUACUAUUCAAACAUCGAGGCCAGCAAAGUCAACGAAGCAACACAGCACAUAGAGAUGUGUGGGUGCAUUUUGACCCUCGAGGGCCUAUCCGGAAGGUGGAAUAAUAAACAGCGAUGAAUAAGAUCAUAUCACGGCGCCGGCAGUUCAAUUUCCACCGAAAAAAAAUAACAGCAUUUUGUUUCAGGGCCAUGACGGCGGCUCCUCCAGCAGA